GUAUUAGUACGCCACUCUAAUUUGUUUGUUUACAAAUUUCAGCGCGAAUUUCGUGACCGGACUCAGCGCAAAUAUUGCCAAUGAAAUACACUUUGGAGGGCAGCAAUGCAAGGGUUAUUGCCAAAGCCGUACAAUCGCUGUCCAAGGUGGGCAAGGAAAUGUUCAUCGAGAUUGACCAGCAGUCGCUGCAAAUGCGGGCCAUAAACGCCACUCAAUCAGCCGUGGGCAGUAUCUCCUUCAAAAGAAGCGUGUUCGAGGUGUUCGACGCCCCGAACUCGGAUUUCUACUGCAAGAUAUCUAUGAAGGGAUGUUUGGCCGUAUUCCGCAACAUGAACGAGGUGGAGUACUGUGAACUCAAUAUACUGGACAAUCAGACCAACCUGCAGGUGAAUCUCCGCUGCAAACUGGAGACCACAAAGGAGGCCACCAUAUCCAUUAUAGAUGACCAAAAUAUCAACACAAACAUCAACACCGAUCAGAUGCCAAAUUUGAUCCGCGGUGAUCACAAACUUUUUACGGACAUCUCCAACAACUUUAAUUCAUCAGAGGAGGAGCUUACCCUAGAGGCCAACUCGGGCAGUGUGGUGGCCAAAAACUACAUAGAAGGGGCCCGAGUGAAUGAUAAAUUCAUGCGCACGCAGCUGAAGCUGAAGCCCAGUGAGUUCGACCAGUACCAGGUGACCAAGGAAACGAUCAUCACCUUUUGCAUCAAGGAGUUUCGAGCCUUUCUUCUUUUUGCCGAGUGCUUGAAUGCUUCUCUGACCUUGGAGUUCGACGAUGCGGGCAUGCCUUUUCUGCUGAAAAUUAAGAAGCACGCCGAAAUUGAGUGCUUGCUGAUCAUGUCAACCCUGUCGCCUGAUGAUGUGAGCUUCUCGGAGGAUUAUUGUCAAAGAGAUUUGACAGUGCAGGAUGCAGAUGUGCGAGAGACGGUAUCAAAACGAAAGAGCAGUGCACCUGGACCAAACGUGACCAGCAAGCGCAAGAGCAGCACUUCGGAAACGGCUGCAGUGCAGCCGAAACGGAGAUUAGAAGACAGCCAGUUGGAAACAAGCCUGGAAACUCCUCUGUUCCAGUUCCGACACUCAGAGGCGCCUUCUGUACAACAGCCUCGCAUCCUAGCCGAGGUGGACACUGUGGUGCUGAUUGAAGACGAGGCGGAGCAGGAGGCCCUUAUGCUGGCAGCUGCAGAUGCCGCUUUGGAGGCCAGCAUGGCACCUGCUCCAGCGCCGCCCAACAGCACGGAGGUUUGCUUCUUCAACACGGACAGUUCGAAGGAAGGAAGACCGCCGGAAACGUCUUCCGAGGACGAUGAAACCAUACCCCAGUCUCCGGAACGGCCAAACAAGAUGCGAACCAUCUUCUCGCGAUGCUUUCAGAGCACCUACGUUCCGCGGGAGCCAUCGCCGAAUACUCAGAUAUAUGCGCCCAAUUCCGAUACAGAGGAUUAGCCUAGAUUUGAUCGUUUAUCAGCAAAUACAGUCGGUACAAGUUUAACUCAGCUA